UCAGUAUAAACUCGAUUUCCAAACGUUGAGGUUGGAAAGUUCGUCGUAACUUGUGUGAGUUGAAUCUAAAGAAACCGGUUGAACCAUGUCUCCCAAACCAAUUUUGUAUUAUGCUGCCCGAAGCCCUCCCUGCCGAGCUGUAUUGUUAGCUGCUGCAGAAAUUGGCAUUGAAUUGGAUCUUCGUCCAAUGAAUCUGGCUGGCGGAGAACACAAAACACCAGAAUUCUUAAAACUCAACCCACAACACACAAUUCCCGUAUUGGAUGACAAUGGAGUCGUUAUUACAGACAGCCACGUAAUUUGUGCCUAUCUGGCCGACAAGUACUCCAAGAAUGACAACCUCUUUCCCAAAGAACUGGUUGCACGCAACAACGUCAUGACGCGUCUCUACUACGAUUGUGGUCAUCUCUUUCCAAGACUUCGAAUGGCAGUUGAGCCAGUCUUUUACUUUGGAAAAAAAGGUAUACCUCUGGAAACCAUUGAAUAUAUUACAAAGGCUUACGAUGGCUUGGAGUUCUGUCUAACCGGACAGCCAUUUGUGUGUGGGCAGCAUAUGACCAUUGCUGAUCUUUGUUGCAUUGCUUCGAUGUCGACAGCACAUGAUUUAGCUCCAAUUGAUAAAAAGACAUUCCCCAAUUUGUUUGCAUGGAUGGAACGUAUGUCAGCGUUGCCGUAUUAUGAGAAAUGCAAUGGAGAAGGUGCUAGGUUAUUGAAAGAGGCUCUUGAUCAAAGAUUGGAAGCCAAUAACAAGUGAUUGUGUUUUGUUGAUUGUUAU